AUUAGGCCCAGGAAAAGAGCUUAAGCCAGCUCAUUCAAACAAGGCCAAAGGAUGCUACAGAUUGGGUUGAGCUGUCCCAGCCCUGCUGGGAGUCACAGAGCAGAUUUCCCUUUGGACAAAACAGGGACAAGGAAAAGAGCAAAUGCCAAUGAAGACAACCUGGAGGCCACACAAGAGACAGCCAAUCCGUCUAAACUCCCCUUACAAAUCCCCUCCAUGGUUGAGCCGUGGGACAAUGACACAAGCUCCUGCCUAGGAUGCAGUGAAUUUGCGGACCAGAACAAGAUUCCCAAGUUGACUGAGCAGCAGGACAUUAAUGAGCAGCUCUUUGGCAAGUCUAUGAAGGAGCUUAAAAGGUUGGCAAGGGAAGGACACUGGGCCAGAAGUCAUGCUCUACGAGCACAAGCUUACCAGCACAUUGUCCAGCACAUUCCAUGUCGGCUCAUGACCCCUGAUGCCCAAGUCUACAAUGAUGUUGCCAGCAAACUGUUUGGAAACCAGAGUGAGAGCACUGAUCCUUUGCCUGAAUUCCUGACAGGAAGCAUCAUGCCAGAAUACUGCCUCACCAAAGAAGGGGUAACUGCUAUGAAAAAGAUACUCAUCUGCAUUUCCAACCUGUAUCCUGACAUCACUUAUUGUCCCCUGCUUCCCGCUGUGACCGCCCUGAUACUCCACUACAGCCGAGAUGAGGCCCAAUGUUUUGAGGACACUUGCCGGCUCCUCUACUGCAAUGCGCCCCACACCUCCUACAUAGACCACUCGUUCCUCACCUAUGAGGCCUCAUGCAUGACCUUUGGUGACUUAGCCAACAAACACUGCCCAGCUGCCCACCGACUGAUAGCGAGCUCAUCGGAUAACAUAUUUGAAGUGUAUUCUGAUUGGCUGGUCUGGCUCUUUGAUGGCCUCCCAUUUGAUUAUGUUAUCCGCAUAUUUGAUGUGUACCUUCUAGAGGGGCAGAAAGUCCUUUACCGAAUUGCUCUGGCCCUGCUGAGGCAGUACCAGCUCUCCGUGGCUUCAAAAGGCUUGGAGGUGACAGAUAUCAAGGGGAGCUUGCAGGUUUUCAUGUGGGACAUUCAUGAGCACAUGACAGCUGACAAGCUUCUAGAGAAGGCGUUUGGCAUUCGGCUUUUCUCUCGCAAAGAAAUCUGGCUUCUUCAAAUGGCGAACAGGAAGGCCCUAGUGGAGAAAGGAGUAACCACAGUGCAGCACAGGCAACCAUUCCACCUCACUGUGAACGCACAUAAUUUCACUUCCACCAUUGUCACUGCUCAGGAAAUGCGCAUUGUGUGGUCCUGGAUCCCUGAACGGUUUUCUUUGUUCUCACCUCUCCUCUUAUUCUCAACUUCUGAAGAUGGCUACAGCUUGCAAAGGUUUUAUUCCUGCUGUGAAGGCUAUGAACCAACAGUAUUUCUGUUAAAAACUACACUGGGGGAAGUAUGUGGAGCAUUCCUGUCCUCCGACUGGAGUGAAAGAAAAAAAAGUGGGGGAGCAUCAAGUUUCUUUGGAACAGGAGAAUGCUUUGUUUUCACAGUGCAUCCUGAAAUUGAGCGAUAUGAGUGGGUAUUCAUCAAGAAGCCAGAACAAGCUAAAGCUCUGUCUCGGUCACCACGCCAGCGCUCUCCAUCUCCCUUUUCUUCAGAGGGUCACUCAACAAGUAGCUCAAACCACCUCACUGUGCCAAAGUUAGACAUGAUUAAAUACCGCCUCUCUCCAUUCUUGGCAGUUCGACACUUCAAGUUGCCUUCCAAAACAGCCUCCAUGUUCAUAUCUGGAACUCAGGAAGGAAUCAUCAUAGGUGGUGGUGGAGGUCAGGCUCUGUAUAUUGAUGCUAAUCUACAUCAUGGGAGAACUGAACACUGUGAAACAUUUGACAACCCACCUCUCUGCCAAGAAAACUUCCAGGUGCAGCUUCUAGAAGUCUGGGGCUUUCAGAUCUCCUGAUCACGCCCAUGAGAUGCAAUAUUUCAGACUGAGAUUCCUCUUCACAGCACUGGGCAUUACAACUGGUAGAGAAAUAAAAGACAUCAGAUGACAUUUGGUAAUGUUGAGCAUCAGGAACAGAUCUUUUUAUUUUGGGAACUGUCCAUUAAUACAAUAUUUUAAGACUUUCUAGUGAUAAUAAAAAUAGAUGUUACAGGAUAUCAUUUACUACAGGGAUGGGGAACCUGUGGCUCUUAGAUGUUGCUGGACAACUCCUGCCAUCCUUGACUAUUAGCCAUGCUGACCAGACUGAUGGGAGUUGGAGUCCAACGAGACAACGAUGGUCUCGGGGAAGGGGAGCAUCCAGCUGAGGAAGAGGGAAACGAUCCCUUAGAAGGGACCCAUUCCUUGGGGGAUGAGCAGCUAUCCUCUCGUGCCGAGGAUAUAUCUCCAGGGGGUGGAGGGAUCCUUGUAGUGGGUGAUUCGAUCAUUAGGAACAUAGACAGUGGGGUGUGUGAUGGGCGUGUAGACCGCAAGGUGUUUUGCCUGCCUGGUGCGAAGGUUGCGGAUAUCGCCCGUCGUUUAGAUAGUUUGGUAGACAGUGCUGGGAAGGAGUCAGUGGUCGUGGUGCACGUUAGCACCAACGACAUGGGGAAAUGCAGCCGUGAGGUCCUGGAAGCAAAAUUUAGGUUGCUAGGUAGGAUGCUGAAAGCCAGGACCUCCAAGGUGGCUUUCUCUGAAAUGCUACCAGUUCCACGCGCAGGACCAGCCAGACAGGAC